AGGCGGGGUGUUUUUCAUUAAAAUCCACUGUCGGUGCUAUAAAAAGGGAAGUUACAAGCCGAGUGCAACUUAAACAUAGGAUCGUAGCGCAAAAGGGACUGACGUUUUAGACGUCUGACUGAGGUUUUAUACACUAUAGCCUAAAUAUAUUAGGCGUUCUGCUAUUAUUAGUCGGCAUGAAUACAGUCAAAUAUCUGAAAAAUGCGAUUGUCUGUCUUAUUUUACUUCCUCGCUUUCUCGUGGCAGCGAUAAUUAUGUGGUUUCUCGAUUUUCUGUUCGUAAGGAAGAGGGUCUUCUUCAAAAUGAAGGAACAAGAAGGAAAUAUUGUCGACCCACCAUUAUGUAUUUCAGAUUCGAAUCGAAUGUUCAGCUGGGAGUCACUCAAAGCCGUUUGGCAUGGCCACAAACUGGACUUUUUAAAAUCGGCGCACCUUGGAUAUGUAGCGCCGAACACUGAAGUUGUGGAGCUUCGCGAUCAGAAACGCAGCCGGAUUCUUAACUAUGCCAAAGACAAGAGACCGCUCAUUUUAAACUUUGGCAGUUGCACCUGACCACCGUUCAUGACACGCUUGAAUGCGUUCCAGCGUGUCAUGGAGCAAUACGCGGAUAUCGCAGACUCUGUCGUUGUAUAUAUAGAGGAGGCGCACCCGUCGGACGGAUGGAUGAGCUCUGACGCUCCCUACCAAAUUCCCAAACACCGCUGUCUCGAGGACAGACUCAGUGCAGCUCAAAUAAUGAACCGUGAGGUCCCUGGGUGCAUUGUUGUCGCAGACAGCAUGGAUAACUUGUCCAACGCCGCAUAUGGAGCGUAUUUCGAUAGACUUUACAUACUUCAAGACGGAAAGAUUGUCUACCAAGGAGGUAGAGGGCCGGAGGGAUACCGCAUCUCUGAGCUGAGGGACUGGCUUGAACAACAUAGACAAAGUGUUGGAAAUUCAAGAAAUGUCAUUAUUCAUGUGUAGAGUUAGGGUUUGUAUGCAAUUUUAGACGUCAGCAUUAAAGAAGUUAUGUCUCACAGAGCUGCAUUUCAUACCGUGCAACCUUUCAAGAGUUGCGGCUCCAAUAAAGCGUCACACAGGGACACAAGCAUUUUCACUUGUUGUUUACUAGUGUUGUUUACUAGUGAUGUAGGCUGUCUAGGCCUAUCCCAAUGGUUGCAGAAUAGCCCAUUUUAGUUAUAGUUAUUAUUUUGACACUGGACAACUGAGCAUUUUAUGUAAUCUAGAUGAUCACCUGUAAGGUUUAAGUUGUGAAGGUCUAUUUGUGAAUACAAGUUAUUCUGUGUUCCAAUAUUUGUCAUGUUCUCUUUAUCCAUAUAGUGUGAAUGUUUGUGUGGAGAGUGUUUGAGGAAAGCGUUUUGCCAUGACCAAGUUUUUGCCAGUAUUGUUGUGAAGUUCGGUUUUUAAAAGGUUCCGCACCAGAAAACCGAUACUGAUGUUUUAAUGCUGAAAAUGAUGGUUGUGUGAAAUAUAUUUGUACUUAUUUUUUUAUUUUGUAAAUAUGGUAAACUUUUU